CCAUCGAUACUAUCGAUAGCGCUAUUGAACAUCUCUAAUAUUGAACAAGCAAAAGUUUACAUAUUUGCGAGAAACAAAAAAAAAACAAAUUAAUUAAAAUGUCGCAAGAGGUUGAGGAGACACUAAAACGGAUCCAGAGUCACAAAGGCGUUGUGGGCACCAUUGUGGUCAACAAUGAAGGUAUUCCGGUGAAGUCUACUUUGGACAAUACGACGACCGUGCAAUAUGCUGGCCUGAUGAGUCAGCUGGCUGACAAGGCUCGGAGCGUUGUGAGGGACCUGGACCCGUCCAACGACAUGACAUUCCUGCGGGUGCGCUCGAAGAAGCACGAAAUCAUGGUGGCUCCUGACAAGGACUUUAUACUCAUAGUCAUUCAAAAUCCAACCGAUUAGACCGCUGGUACUAGAGAAUUAAAAGCUGAAAUUAACUUUUAAUAUUUUACGAGAAAGAAACAGAAAAACAACAGAGCGCUGACAUCAUAACUAGGUUUUAGCCAAGUUUUGCUGCUUAAUUCUAGCAUUAAGUAACUGAAAUAGGUCAUACAAAUGUUUGAACCUUGUUUUGUAAACAAAUCAAUAAAAAGAAAUUCUGAAAGCUA